AUUUUUAGUAAGUGAUGAUGCUUCAUACAUUACUGGUGAAACUAUUGCUGCUGCUGAUGUAUUAUGAAAUAAAAGUAAUGGCAGAUGAAAAUAUGGUUCAGAACGCAGUACGGCCAAAGGAAAAUCAGGGAGGCGAUAAAAACGGAUGGGAAAAUGAAGAAGAUGAAGAAAAUUGUAAUGAUGCUGAAUUUGAAGCUAUAAAUGCUCAAUUAGAUCAGCUUAAUUCAGUUUUGGAUAACCUCGAACAAAAAAAUGACGAUAUUCGUGCAGAAUUGAUUCAGUUACUACAAUCAAAUCGAGAAGCAAGAAAACAAUUUCAAGAAUUCCAGGAUUCCGUGAAAUCGGAUUUAUAAUAUUUUGUCUGAAAUAGAUGAUAAUAUAUUGUAAAUACAUAUAUUGAAUAAUAAAACAGUAUGACAUUAUAUUUUUUACUGUUUUAUAGUACAAUGUGGCAUUGUUUAAACAUUUAAAAAUUGGGAACAUUCCUGUUAAAAUUUAAGUAAUAUAUAAAAUCAUUCUUGUGUUUCUAUAUAAUAACAAACCAAAUAUAAAAAUACAUAUACAUGCGCAAAAUAUUAUUCAUGUACAUAUUGUAAUUUUAACUUUAUUAUAUAUUUGUCAUAUUAUAAUCUAAGUUAUCUACAGAAAAUAUUAAAAGUUUUUUAAAACUUUCUGAAUCAAAAUCUUGAAUUAGGAGUACAUUAGGUUCAUUUGACAAUAAAUGAUCAAGUACAACCUGACCUCGUGUUCUAGUACCAUUUAAUUCAAUAUCAGCAUGAUAUGGCACUACAUUUUGAGCAAUUUCUGGCUUUAAUAAUAUUGCAGCUAAAAUGGCAUCACAUGUAAUAUAAUUAGAAAAUCUUUUUUUUCUUGUCUUUUGAUAUGCAUAUUCAACAUCAUUCAUAAGCUGAAUGCAAGGUUUAUCCAUUUUACCUAAUACAUCUCUCCGCCAUUCCUAAAAAGUAUUAAAUUAAAUUAUUGAUAUCUAUUAGAUAGUAGUUUAUACAGUACUUAAAUCAAUAUACACACAUGUGAAAUACAAGAUUUUAAACACGUUUCCCAUGGUAACAGCCUCAAAGGAUUUUUGUUAUUAUUAAAUACUAUAUGUACACUUUCUGGAUCCAUAUAAAAAUUAAAUUCUGCUUGAGGUGUAAUAUUUCCUUGUGCUAAUGUAUACAAUGAAGGUGAAUAAAAGUACGAAAACAUGAUUAAUAAAAAUAAAUAAAGAGAAUAAA